GACAGAAUGGACUGAGCUGGACAGAGGGCACUCUCUGGGUAUCAGGAGACCACUGGCGUCAGAAAAAGGGCUGGAAUCUUGUCGUUUAAGGAUGCAAGUGCCCCCCAGGUAAGUCCCUCUCUUUCUAGGUUUAGAUUUCCACUUCCGCACCUACUCUCCUUUCUUAUCAUGUUUUAAAAGAACAAUAGUGGCCUGAGUGGUCACAUCAGAGGGAACAUGUUUGUGUUAAGCAUUUAGUACAGGUUAAUUGCAUUGGGAUCCCCUCAGGGUAGCUGGGGCUACCCGUGGAUUUGUGAAAGCAAGAGAAAAUGGUGUGGCAUCCUAAAAGACAAAGGUCUUUUCAGAUGAAACCCUUCAUUAUACACCGUUAGGCUCCUGGCAAAAAUGUUCCUCUUUAACCAGGCCUUUGGCUGAUUGACAUCCAGUGACCUUUUAAAAUGUGUUGUGGAAGGGGGGGAUUAUUGCGUUGUUCUUGUUCUUAUUAUGUAUUUUGAGUUUUUAUAUUGUGAUUUUAUGCUGUGAACUGCCCUGUGACGUGCUGGUAAAGAACAGUAUACAAAGAAGAAGAAGAAGAAGAAGAAGAAGAAGAAGAAGAAGAAGAAGAAGAAGAAGAAGAAGACUGGAGAUAACAGUGUUCUGGUUGUUAGCACUUUCCUUGCACUAGCCAAAUUAAGCGAAAUUGCCGUGCCAACAAACAACAGAAAACUGGAAUGGAGAAGUCUAGCAUUACAGUGGUACAGUACCUUGAGUUACAGAUGCUUCAGGUUACAGACGCUUCAGGUUACAGAGUCCACUAACCCAGAAAUAGUACUUCAGGUUAAGAACUUUGCUUCAGGAUGAGAACAGAAAUCACGCAGCAGUGGCAGCGGGAGGCCCCAUUAGCUAAAGUGGUACCUCAGGUUAAGAACAGUUUCAAGUUAAGAACAGACCUCCAGAACGAAUUAAGGUAUUGACCCGAGGUACCACUGUACUGUGGUGUGGGAUAGUUCUCCCUGUCGCCUUUUAUGAACACUUGAGAACUGUUCCGGGUUCUCAACUUCCAAAAGGGGACAAAAUUAUAUUAAACAAAAACAAAAAACAAGAACCAGGAACUCCAAUUGUUACAAGAAGGCAAAGAUACUUGGCAGUUCUAUCAUGGGCAAUAUCCAAUAAGUGCCCGUGUCACUGCUGCAAGGAAAAACGUUUGUGAAAACUGUGCUUUCUGGGUCCAACCGUUCCCUCUAAUCUACCAGCAAUUUCAUUCGGUGAUCUGAGUUGGUGGUAAACAGCUUUUCUCCCUCAGCAAGAAUGCUUUGCUGGGUUCACCUCCUUUGCCUCAGUCCAGUGAAGGUACUGCAACUGCUUCAGUUAAAUCAUGCAGAAAGGCCCUAAUAGGUUAAUUGUGAUAUGGGGAUUUGAACAUAACGGCUAACGUCCUUGAAGGGGUGUGUGACCUACAAGGCCUUAUACUGCAUCAAACCAGUUGGCCCCAUAAAGAGUGUCAACUCCCUCCCCCCUUUUUUUUUACUGUUAUAAACAAAGGCACACUUCAUAUAUUCAGUCAUAUAACCCGCUUCCCCAUGCUUUGGUCCCACAUUGCUUCCAUAGCAUAGCUGUCAAGUGUCCCUUAUUUGAAGGGACAGUCCCUUAUUCCAGCGCCAUGUCCCGCUGCUGUCCCUUAUUGAUGGAUGUCCCUUAAAUGUCCCUUAAAUGAUGUCCCUUAAAUUUCAAAGGAAGUAGCUCCUCUCCCUCCCUCCCUGCUGGCCAGGGAGGAGGGAGGCUCCAACUGUAUUGCUUGGCUGUGUUGCUCACCCAAUAAGAAGUCUAAGAAAGACUGGGGGGUGGAGCUUGCAUGCCUUGUGUGUGGCUAGUUAAUGCAAGCUGAGGGGGUUUUUGAAUGCUGGACGCCAUUUUGUUGCACGUGCUGCUGCAAACUUUGCAGUGCAAAGCCAGGUCGGGGAGCCAUCUUAAGUUGAGGCUGCAUAGGCCUUGUGGUGCAUGUGAUUCAGAUUCUAUUCAGUUGAACCUCUGGUUACAAAGUUGGUUGGACAGUGUUCUCGAAGCUACCAGCAUGAGUUUGACCAGACUGCAGGAGGACAGGAAGACUGGAGUGCCUGGAACAGGUGAGGCUGCAAGUCCCUUAUUUUGGCUGCUGGUCCCUUAUUUUCAAGGCUGCUGGUCCCUUAUUUUCAAAUCUGUAAGUUGACAGCUAUGUUCCAUAGCAGUUGAUGAUGUGAGGCUGUGCCGAUCGUGGUACUUUUUUUCCAAACCAUCAACAAUGGCUGUAAUGGAAAGGAUGCAAUGCCGGGGAAACAACAUGAGCAGUGUGUGGCCACGGGAUGAAAUAUGUACGAGGUACUGAGGUGACGUGAGGGUAAACUGUGAGGAAGUGGUUUUCCAGUGGCUACCAUCAAGCUGGUUUUAAAUGAAUCAGGCCUAGUCUGGUAAUUGUUUCGGAUUUUGUCCCCAUUGAGCUGUUCUUCUACAGAGCGCCACAGACGGAGAUAAGGGGAAACACUUUGCUCGGGAACAGGGCCAGAAAGCCUAGGUCAAGGGCAGAUUUGGAGGAGGCAACCCUUUCAUGAGUAGGUUUCGACACACUCUUUGCUUGUCACCCUUUCAGCUGUUGACAACAUGCCUCUGUCAGAAAACAAGGUGUUCCAAUGGCCUCUCCGUCUCCCUGUGUGUGCCAGAGAAUGAGCGAAGGAUACAGUUCGGCAGCAGUUUAUCCAAAGCACUAAUAGUGUUGAUAAAAGGAAACGUUUCUGCUUCCACUUGGUAAGUGAAUUUCUUUUCGGUUUGUUCAGGGAACAAUGUUUGCUUUUGCCUGAGGCAUCAGGGAUGCUUGCCUAGCUCGGCGCUCGCUGUGAGGGAAACUGAAAAUACACAUUGCAACAGACGGUCUUAAGAGCCUGGAUGCUUAUUGGGCCAGGCACAUGAAUAAAAGCGGUAUCUAGUAUAAAGCUGAACCUCAGGUGUUCCUUAUGUCUGGAAGACCGAGCCGUGUAUGCCAAGUUGCAUCCAGUUAUAAUAUAAGAAGCAGAACACAGCAGUUUUUUCCUGUGAGAAUAUACUGGAAAGUUCAGACACGUACAAGAAGUCUGGCUCUUUGCACAUGCUCUCAGAAACUAAAUGUGGAUGCUUAUAGGUUAAGGUUCUGAUCUGCAUUUGGAAUUGUGGAGAAAGAAACAGGGCUCUCUGGGAUCUUUCCGUUUUGCCACAAGGCUACUGCUGCCUUGGUCAUGAGGGGGUGAAGGCAUAACAGACAUUAAGGUUCAGUGGUGUGUGGUGAGUGGAUGAGGGGGACUAGGCUUGUUCCUGAUAAAUUAGAGUAUUAAAACAUUAAAGCCUCCUUCCCAAAGCCCAGAAAGCUUCUGCCCGGCUCACGAAAUGGGAGUGCAAUGCUCAAAUGCAGGACGUCACAAUGUAAGCACCCGCCGAUUCCCCUCGUGAGCUGGUGCCUCUGGCCUUAACUGUUCCCCUAUGAAAAAAUUUGCUGCCAUUGUUAAAAUCUCAAGAGAAUUUUCCUGUGAAUGUAUUCUUUUUGCUUUGUAACAGACACAUUUCCACAUCAGCUUGGUCCACAGUUCUAGAUAUAUUUUUAAAAGAAAAGGCAGCAAUAAAUAGUGACUGGGGGUGGAGGAAAAAAAGUGAAAUAACAGAUAAUGAGCCAUUCAUCCCAGCUUGGAAUUGUAAUACUCUUACAUAAGCCCAUCAAAUACGGGCUCAUAUAUCUAUCUUAUUCUAGAUGUCAAGGAACAGGCAAAGCACAGAAGUGUUUCCGCCACAUGAUAAAUAAAGCGACUUGCCAUGUUCCCAGAACUCUUCUUCUUCAUCAUUCUACAGCUUAUAAACAGGCAGUAGCAAUAGAUGUAUGAUUUAUGGCGGGGGAGCUUUGCUUCAGUUCUUACCACACUCACCUCGGCUGCACACCUAGACAGACUUUUCCGGAUGUAUCACUCACUGGAACAGCAACCGUGAGUGUAAAAUGUGCAAAAAGAUGUGGCAUGCCAGUUAGCCUGUGCAUCCCCGUUCUGGUUGAACAAAUCAUACACUAUUAAAAGUAUGACUCACGCGAAAAGACUUCCGGGGUGGCCCCAUCGGCAAUGGCGGACUCCCUCUGAACUGGAGGGACUAGCUCCGCGCGAAACGGGUCUUUUCCGCUACGGCGAAGCGGGGACCCUUUUAAAAAUCACAGGCGGAUGAAGCCUGUGACCAUGGGACUCGGCGGGCACCCUUAGCGCCCCCCCAACCUGCAAAGGAACCCACUAACGGGCUCCGAAGCGAAGAGGGGAAGUGGCGCGGUGCUGUGAGUCAACUGCUAGUUCCGUGGAGCGAAGCCGCAUCGCCGUUGCCGGAGAGCGCUGCCUUUUUCCUGGGACAAUUUGGCUUCUAAAAUAAGCACCCGUGAGUACUUAAACUUUGAACAAUUGGACUUUAAAUAAGGACUUGCGAGCAGAAAGGAAUUGGACUUAAAAAUUUACUUCAAUUUGGUACUGAAACGGGAAGGUCUAAACAGGAAGUCAGCCUUCCGUUUCUUUGUAGACAGAAUAAAGCAAAGACAACGUAAACUAGAGCUCAGAAAAUCGCUUCUAAAGGAUUGGCUUUCAUCAUUUAAAAUUCUUGAACCCCCCUUCGGCAGCAGGAGAAGAAGGGGGAUCUUUUCGGACUGUAUAAACCUGCAGAAGUGAGUUUAAAGUAAAGUAACUUUCCACCGUCCUGAUCCUGGAGCGGGGUGUCAGGACUGACGUUUGAAGCUCAUUGACCAGAGACAAACGUUUUUGACAGAUAGCUAAAAGAAGAGAAACAUAGUGAUUCCACUGUUUCCUUUCGCAUUUUAAAGGAACAAAUAUUGACAAAAUAUCUCAAAAAGGAAAACUUUGUUGCAAGAACAAAUAGAAGUUUCCCCCUAGAGGGAGACUGGGAAACUGUAACUAAUUCCAGGGAGCUUGCAGCUGUCACAGAUUACAAUCGUGGGAAUAGGCUUGUGACCUUGUAGGACAAUGUAUUCAGAAGCUCUGUUGUGUGCUCUCUGUAAAACAAAUGCUCUACUGGAACAGUUAACUGAGAAGACGGAUUUGAUGACUAAUGCGGUCAGAAUUUUUGAACAGGCAGUGGGAAACUAUAUGGAGCCCACCCAGGAAUUAAAUCAGGAGUGUGCCCUGACAGAACAGAUGAGAGAAGAGGAUGUUGCGGAAUCUUGGGCGCCAGAGAUGGAGGGAGCUGCGGCCCAGCAGGAACAUGAGCUUUUGGAUUUGACAAAUGAACUUGGAAAAAGCCAGAUUAGGAAAGAUAAAGUUUGGACUGGUUUGGAAAUGGGGGGUUGGAUAGACCCCCCUAUGCAGGGAUGUUUGGACUUUCCGAGUCUGGCAAUGGGCCGUGGGAUGUUUGGAGCUGUGGGGGCUCUCAACUUUGGAGGGAUUCUGAAACAUGUUUUUAAAUACCACAUGGAGUUUAGUCUGGACUAUGGAAAAGGGGCUGAUUUGUUGAAAAGGGUCAAAAACAUUACCAAGCUGGAGUUCCCACGAGUGAAAGGUGAAUAUGAAGAAGAGCUGCGGAAGGGACAUGGAAGAGACUUAAGGGCCUCGGAUAUAAGGUUACCAGGUUAAUGCGCUAGAUCGAUGGGAUAAAAAGGACUGACAAAACCCGGGACCAGGAGGAAGGGACGCUGGAUGAAGAUUGGAUUGUUUCUAUUUCUUUUAUUUAUCACUAGGAUUGUUUUAUAAAAUUGAUGACUGUUAGAAAAAUGUUGGAACGAAAUUACUUGGCUCUAGUAAAAAUGUUUAAAGAAUUAGGCAAGAAUAUUAUGGUUAUGAGAAGUGGGUAAAAAUAAGAUUUAAGUUUUAAGUUUUAAGGUUUUUUAUAAGAUAAGAUGAAAAUAGAUUAAGGUAAUGUAAUGACAGAAUAUUAUGAAAUAUGGAAAGGAUUUGCUGCGAUAAUUAUUAACUGGGAUACAAAAAAGGGAGGAGGAGGAGGUCAAAGAAAGAAGGUAAUGAAAGUUGAAGAUUUGAGAAUGAUGGUUUUAUUUUUAUCUGUUUGUGGUGUAUUUUUGUUUUUUGAAUUUGUAUUGUUGGAUGUGGCUUGUUUUUUUUGUUUGUUUUUUCUUUUUUCUUUCUCUGCUUUGUCUUUUUCUGUAAUUU